AUGCGUCGACUUCUCUAUGUGCAUGUAUUCCUAUGCUGCCUCAGUAUGGCUCAUCCCUUCUGUCCAUCCCAGUGCACCUGUGGCUUCCAUGGUCGUAGCGAUGGAGCAGGAACCAGAUCUGUGGUCUGCAAUGAUCCAGACAUGUCUGAUAUCCCUGUCAACGUCCCUGUGGAUACGGUCAAACUUCGUAUUGAGAAAACCAUGGUACGGCGAAUCCCAACAGAAGCUUUUUACUACCUGGUGGACCUACGGUACCUGUGGAUUACUUACAAUUCCAUAAGCUCAGUGGAUAGUGCAAGUUUCUACAACCUCAAAGUGCUCCACGAGCUGAGGCUGGAUGGAAAUAUGAUCUCAAUGUUCCCUUGGGAGUCUCUGAAAGAGAUGCCCAGGCUGAAGACACUGGAUCUACACAACAACAGAAUCACUCAUGUUCCCACUGAAGCAAUACCCUACCUCCUCAACAUUACCUACUUGGAUCUAUCCAGCAACAAAUUAGCCACUCUGCCCUCAGAGUUCAUGGAUAUCUGGCCACCCUUCAAUGGAGCACCCAUCUCCACUAAUGCCUCCCAGAAAGUUUUGUUAGGCCUCCAAGAUAACCCCUGGUUCUGUGACUGUAAAAUAUCCAAGCUGAUUGAGCUUUCCAAAAUGUCUGGCACACCAGUCGUUUUGAUGGACCUAUACAUGGCCUGCAGUGGACCAGAGAAUAUGGCUGGUGUCCUUUUUCAGCGUGCUGAACUUGACAACUGUGUAAAACCAUCAGUCAUGACUUCGGCAACUAAGAUCACAUCUGAUUUGGGCAGUAAUGUUCUCCUGCGAUGUGACACCACAGGGUUUCCAACACCAACUCUUUACUGGGCUAAGUCAGAUGGCUCACUAGUCAACAACACAGUCCAGGAGUCACCUGGAGACGGCAUCAGAUGGUCCAUCAUGAGCUUGCAUGGAAUAUUGUUCAAAGAUGCCGGGAACUACAGUUGCAAAGCUAAGAAUGAUGCUGGAAACGCAGAAGCAACCAUUUCUCUCUUGGUUGCUGGUGCUACCAGUACCACCAUCCUUCCACUGAGGCCUAACAAAACUGAACCAACUAGCCAAGGCACAACAUUUACUCCUCCAACAUACACUCCAGACUCACCCACAAUCACAUCCACAGUUCUUCCAAGAACAUCAACAACAUCUGCUGUCCCUAAGAAGCCGAAAACUACGACCAGCAACAGUUUACUGAAAGGCUCAAUCAAACCAGCAAAAUCCCAGCAAGGAGCUAAUGGGAGAAAGCUUGCAGCAGAUGAAAAGAGCAAGAAAAGUGAUGCAUCAAAGUCUGUCAAAGACCUUAAGAUUGUAGAGGAAACAUCUAACACUGCAGUAUUGCUCUGGACAGCAGAUGACUUACCAAAUGAUACCCCACUCACAGUUGUAUACUCACCUUAUGAUGAGGACGAUAUCAAAAGGACAGUGGAGACUAAUGCUGGCAGUGGAAAAGUAUUCCUAGAUGGACUGUCAUCUGGGAUGAGAUACUCUGUUUGCCUCAUAGCAAAAGGCAGUGCUGCUGGAAAAGAUCCUUGCAUUGACUUCUACACAUUGGUCAAUGUAGAGGAUGGUGGGCAGAACCAGUUUUUCAUUAUCAUAAGUGGCAUUGCUUGUGCUUUGGUUUUGUCUCUUAUUGCAUUGUUGCUCUACAAGAUUCUGGCUCUGUACUGCAAGGGACACAGCCCCGAUUUGGACCAAGAGGAGCUUGAAAAAGACAGCUAUGUCAAGUUUGAGACACUUUCAAUGAAACAAAGGACCUUGAACUCUCGUCCUACAGAGCUUUGGGCAAGGAGAGCGACUCAUGAAUCAGAGCGAAUGCUCCUGUGCUCCAGGUCCAGCAUUGACUCCCAGAUGACGUAUAAGAGUGACAGUUCCCGGUCUGAGUAUCUCUGCUGACACCAAGAGUCCAUGGCCAUUGCUCAAACGCCAUGCUAGUAACACAUUAUAUGAAAUACUUGGUAUAUGCCUUUUAUGACACUGAUAAACUAUUAACUAUGAAAUCAUUUAUAAAUCUUUAUAAAUAUACUAUAUUCAUUUUUACAGAGUGGGGCUGUAAAAAAUAAUUUCCUGUAUUGAAUGAUAAAACACUUUUAUUCAGCAUUUUCUAUCAACUACUUAUCUAUAAAGAUUUAUAUAAUGAUUUAGAAAAGUGUAGAUGACAUGAAAGCAUUCCCUUAUGGUUGUUUGGGUGUUAAAGAGCCUAUGUUAAAAGCCCAAUCAGAUCAGUCAAUGACUAUUGUUAUUCAUGUCCUUAUUUAUUAUGGAGCCUUAUAUUUGAUAAUAUUUGAUGAAGACAUUUGAAUGGUUGUCACUACAGCACGGCACCUUUGUUGAACUAUAUAACCUUUACAUAGUACCAUACAAAGAGCCUGUCCGUUAGCUGUGUGUGGUGUUUUAUGUUAUACCUAUUGCCAAAGUUAAAGUAUCAGAUAUGAACAUUAUGUGGUGGUGUCAAAGAAGACCCAUUAUCCACUAUCACAUUUAAGACAUUGUUACUUUAAGCAUCAAGCUUAUUGGUGCCUUAAUGGAGAAGGAAGUAUGGUCAUGGACAAGAAAGUAUGGUCAGUGGGUUUAAUAGAAUUUGUGUCUAGUGACUCUCAUCUGAUACACAUUGCCAGUUUCAAUAACUUUAUGUAUACAUUUGUUGACAAAUGAAGAUGUACGUUUGUUUUUAAUAAACUGAACAAUAUUUCAAUUAUA